AUGGAGUUGGAGUGGAUGAAGAGAGUGAAUAUUGUCAAAGGUUUAGCAAAUGCCAUAUCCUAUAUGCACCAUGAAUGUUGCCCAGCUAUAGUCCACAGAGACGUAUCAAGUAAGAAUGUUUUGUUGGAUGAUGAAUAUGAAGCUCACAUCUCUGACUUUGGUUCUGCUACAACUUUAGACACAAAGUCAUCAAAUUGGGCUCCAUUUGCAGGAACCUUUGGCUGUUCAGUCCCAGAGCUUGCUUAUACAAUGGAAAUAAAAGAGAAGAUUGACAUUUACAGCUUCGGAGUCAUAACAUUGGAAGUGAUUGCUGGAAAGCAUCCAGGAGACCUCAUAUCAUCUCUGUUCCAUCACCAUUACCGGCUUUUGAUGUGA